UGAGCGGAACUGCUCUUUAGACUUGAUGUUUUCCAUGGUUCAACUUUUAAAAACAAACCCAUAAUAUUAUCUGCUAGAUAGUUUGCUCUGUUGGGAGAAAAAAUUGGACCAAUUUUCAUCCAUUGCAUCCAUAAAAUUUGUACAUCUAAUGGUAAACAAUCUUUCAGUUCGAAUCCAGAUAAAAUGGAAUCUACUGAUGAUUUGGAAAGUGAUUAUCAGUGUGUUGUUUGUGAUCAAGUAUUUCAACGUCAAGAUGAUUUACAAAAACACAACCAAACACAUGUCAAAAAAGAGAACAAUAGUGAUGUGGAUGAAUUUCGAAAUAGGGUAGGUGGUAAAUUUAAAAAAGAUUCAACUGACCACAUAGAUUUAAAGGAACAAAAUAGUGCUGUUGAGAAAUUUGAAACUAGGGAUGUUGGUGAAUUUAAAAAGGAUACGACCAGCCUUGUAGAAUUAGAGGAGAAAAUUAGUGAUGUGGAUGAAUUUCAAAAUAGUGAUUCCGAGGAGACAAAUAGUGAUGCUGAUACGGUGGACCACGUGGAUGUAGAGGAAGAUUUCCCAGUCCAACAGUGUAAUUUGUGUGAUGAGAAAUUUGAAUCUUACAGUGAUUUGGAGAAACAUUGUAAAAUACAUGUUAAAGAAGAGGAGUCUGUUGAAAACAAAAGCAGCGACGGUGAAAAUAGUCUUGAGCAAGUUGGUGAAUCAGAGACAAACAGUGAAACUUUUUCCAAGAAGACUUACAGAUGUGAAGUAUGUGGUAGAAUAUUUAGGUGGCGGGGGAACCUCCGUGCCCAUAGUGCUAUUCAUACGGGUAUAAAACCUUAUAAAUGUGAUGUUUGUGGUAAAGCAUUUUCUCGUCUGGAUUCUCUACAGAGACACGUGAGAUUUCACACGCAGGAAAAGCCUUUCAAAUGUCCUGCCUGCGGAAAAUUAUAUGCUGAUAGCAGUUCGUUAUCUAAGCACAAAAAAAAAUGCUACGCACAGUAUAAAAAAGAUAACAAAAUCGACUUCGUGAUACCAGAGACGAAGAGUCAAACAGGUAUGAAGAAAACUUACGAUUGUCAUCUCUGUGAUAAAACAUUUAAAUGGAGGAGCAACCUUAGGACCCAUAAUGCCAUUCACACUGGAGUAAAACCUUUUGAAUGCGAUCUUUGCGAUAAGGCAUUUAGUCGUCCAGACGCAUUACAAAGGCACAUCAGAUGUCACACACAGGAAAAACCUUAUAAAUGCGAUGAGUGCGGUAAAUUAUUUGGUGACAACAGUUCUUUAUCUAGACACAAAAAAAUUCACAACGGCACUGCUCCUUCUCGUAAAGGUACUGGUGAAAGGCCAUAUGAAUGUGGGAUUUGUAACAAAGCUUUCAGUCAGUUUAUAGGGCUACACAGACACAUGAGAAUUCAUACUGGAGAGAAACCAUUUGAAUGUGGUGUUUGUGGUAAAUCAUUUAGUCUUGAUCACACACUGAGAAAACAUAUAAGAAUUCAUUCUGGGGAAAGACCGUAUAAAUGUGAUCUUUGUAACAAAUCGUUCAGAGAAAGAGGUGUUUUAGUGACUCACAUCAGAACUCAUACUGGAGAGAAACCAUUUAAAUGCGAUAUUUGUUAUAGAGCGUUCGGAGAUCGCAGUUCUGUGGGUAGACAUAUGAAGUCAUGCAAGACGAAAACGUAAGGAGUGGUCUAUUUUUUGGUUGGAAUGAUUCAAAAUUGACAGAAAUACUAUUGAUUGACAUCAGUAUUGAUGAUGAAAAGUGUAAAUUCUGUUUAGUCAUACAUUUGUAUAUGUACAAUGUGGGCACUUUCAUUUAUUUUCUCUUAAUUUGGAAUACAGUAAACUUUGCUUAAGUCGGAUCUAAAUGGACUGACCAAUUUUAUCCGAGUUCAGCUCUGAAUGUAGGUCUCAUUAUCGGCCUAUUGUCGAAAUAAAAUCAGUUACCAGUCAAUAUUAAUGGGCAACUUUUUACUGCUAAUGUUAAACGGUUGUGUGUCAGUCUCUGUGAAUGCCUGAACAAUGUAAAGGAACAUUUUAGUGAGAAAAUAAGACCUUGCUUACCUCGCUAGAGUCAGUAUGUGCAACACAACAAGCUGUUAAAAAUACGUCCCCUUCUGCUAAACGGCUUUGGCGGGCGCCAUUGAGGUCUAGAUGUAGGUGGCGUAUGGAUUUACGUUGCUCGGACCGAACAUUAUGAUCCAAGUUGAGCAAAGAUCCGACUUAGGUAAUCCUACUUACAUGUACGCCCAGAAAUUUAAUAAGAACAACGUGCAGGAUCAAAGGAUCCAAACGAUUUUAUCCGAGUUGAGCGAAGAUUGAAGAUGCGACUUAUACGAAUCCGACUUAUGCAAGGUUUACUGUACAUACAUACAUGUACACAUACAUGAACAUGUAUGAUAUAAUUGUAGAGAUACAGUACAAAUCAGAUUCUGUGAAUAUUUAUUGAUGGAAUUCUUUGGAAACAUAAUUAUAAAGAGCUGUCGUCUUUAACUUGGAAUCUGAGUGGUCCUAAUGAAAUAUCAAAGAAUACAUGUACAUGUAUAUAAAUGUUAUUUAAAAAAACAUGUUAAUGAUCUCAAAAGGGUGUUUGCUGAUGAGCCAACAAGUAUUAUUUUUUGCCUCAAACUACAUGUACAUGUACUAGCAUGGAUAAGACCUACAUGAAAUCUGUAAGUACAUGUAUGAUGCAUUACAAAAAUGUACAUGUAUGUAAAAUUUAGUUAAAGAGUUGGUCCUUCUUGCUAUAAUAGUUUAAAAAUAGAUAAUGAAGAAUGAAUAUAUUAAAUUUCUGUCAAAUUACUUUAUUCUAACCAAAAUUAUGAGUGUUUUAAAGUUUUGAAACCAUAUACAUUUUGUAGCUUAGAGUUUUGCUACAAUAAUAAACAAAGUCUUGAUUAUUCAUUUUAGUAUAUGUAUUAAGUUAUUAAAUGAUGUAGGUGUUCUAAUACAUUCAAUGUAUCAGCCAUCCGAUGUUCUAUAGAGUUGAUAAUGGGCUAUUCAUAUGAAUAAUUGUCUAAUAAUAGAAUAUAUAACAUUCAUAGCCAGAAAAAGACCUGCACUCGACAAAUUUAGCUCUUAAUGCAAUUUUAAAGCUGUCAUGAUUACAUGUACAAUGUACGCCCAAUGGUUUAUUGUAGUUGAGAGCAUAUCUGAAGUGAAAUGAAAUAGGUUUAACAUCCUACUGCUCUGCUCUGACUGGGCUAACGAAGACGGGCAUACACCAUAUUGUCCCCUGGGCAUAUAACAUGGGUCGCUAGGUCCCAUUCCUACAUAAACAUUUCUAUUUAGGGCUGACUCAAAGGGUGCGUAUACAAGGGGUAUUUUGGGACCUCACAACCAUAUCCUUAACAUUUGUGGGGAACUGGUUUAUAAUUGUCUAGCGAGAGUUUUAUACAUUGUCAGCUACUUUAUGUCGAGUAUAAUGCUGCAAAUAGAACAGAAGUGAGGUAGUGACAACAUUCACCAUUUGACAAGAAACUAAGAGUAUUACAUUAUCUGAAACAAAGGAUCUUGUGGACCCCACCACCCUUUCCUUUAAACAUUUUGCUGGUUACAAGCGUGUAAUCUUUUCUGCGCUCGGAGCUACAUAUGUAGCUUUGUAUUUGGAAUCUUUCUUACUGAUGAUAUUGUGUUGGUCAUUCUAGUAAUCUCGAUCUGAAAGCAAAACUGGGUACUCUACCAACCUCAUCAAAAGACGAUUCUUCAUGGAAAUGACAAUUAAGUUAUUUGCAAAUUCGUAUGGUUUCAAAAAUACCUUAUAAUUCAUAUGUUCACUGUUAAUACCUCAAAUAUUGUUUUUUACUUUGAUUUUUAUUCAGUCUUUAUAUGAAGCCGUAGUUUGAUCGUAUGGGGUCUUAGAUUACCCCCAGAAUUAUGAAGGCUUCGUGAGCGUUGCCUGUUCAUCUAUAUACGGUCCAUAGUAAAAUUAAUACAUGUAUCUCCAAAGCUCCUUCGUUAGGCAAGAAUAGCAUACUAGUAGUGUCUUCCUUUUGCUUUUAUAAGGUUCUCAAAACAAUCGUUGAGUUGCCUAACGUGUAUAAACUGCCAAUGUAAUUUUAAUAAAAUACCGCUUUAUAAAGAAGAAAACAAUGCUCCAACAAUAUAAUCUAAAAGAUUCCCUCAGAAAUUCCCCCAGUAUAAAUUAAUUUUAAAUCCAGUUGUAAUUUAUUAUUAAAUUCACAAUCAGAAUGUGUCGUUACUGUGUACGAGACGACGAAUAGAAUAAACGAGUUCCUGACAUUACCAGUCAGGAGGAUCUUCUAUUCGCCCCCCUCGGAAUAUGUUGUCGCCUUUUUAAAUGACACGUGUUUUUUUCUAUUAGUACCGUCUUCUGUGGCUUCUGUUGUUGUUUUUCGUCAAUAUGAUUAUCGCUAUAUAUGUUAAAAUAUUAUGUACAGGAAUUGUUGUACUAGUGAAUUGUAAUCUAUUGCCGGCGGUAUUGGAUUUUGGGUAAGUCAGAACA